AUGACUAAGGGUUUAACCGGAACUAGAGAGAGAUUUCAAACAAUUGUAUUAACUAAAUUAUACACUCAGUUAGAACCCAAGGCGUUGUUAGAACUACAUGAUGAUUUAGAAUUAUAUUUACAUACAAAAGAUCCGGAAAGAAAUGAUGGAUUAGAGUUAUCUUUAUGGGAUAUGAUGUUUUAUUUAAAAGUAUAUUUGAGCAAAGAUAUUGAAGCUACUGUUAUCUAUAACAACCUAAGAGAUAAAUUUGGUGAACAUUCGCCAAAUUUAUACUUAAUGAAAGUUACCUUAUUACAGAUCAAUAAAAAUGAUACAGUUGCCAUAAAUUUCAUAAAUAAUUCCAUCGACCAAGUUUUGGAAUUUGAUACCGAUCCUUACUCAUACUUAUUAUUAUCAAAGAGAUUAAUAACAAUGCAAAACAAUGUAAAGACUAAUAAACCUGACGAUACUUUGAGACAUAUUAUGGAAUUGAUUGAAAAAUUUCCUAUUGAUCCAGAACUUUGGUGGUAUGCUGGUGAAAAAUAUUUCGAAUUAGGCUUAUUUGAUCAAGCUAUAUAUUGUUUUGAAGAAUUAGUUGUUUUAAUGCCAUUCAAUUAUGUUGCAUUUGCUAAAAUAUCUGAAAUAUUAUAUUUAAAAGCCUUAAAAUUAGAUAAGAAAAAAAUAAAAAAUAACAAAGAGUUGUUCGAUAUUGUGUUACAGGAAGCUUUAGAUAAUGCAUUAAGAUCUGUUGAAUUAAGUGAACUAUAUUUGAAAGGUUGGACUUUAAUUCUGUUAAUAACAAAACAAAUGAAUGACAAAAAACAAUUCUUUGAUAUUGCUCGUGAAAAUUUAGAUAAAAUUACCAGAGUAUCAAACUCAAGUGAUAAAAUAACUGCAGAAUAUAUUCUAAAUAAAGUUAAUUAA